AUGGCGGACCAAGCAGAUGGUCCCGCACGAGGGCACUCACCGGGCCCCGCUGAUCUCAAUGAUGGGCAUGUUCAUUUCGACGAUGAAAGCACAGUUACCUCUACCAUCUCACAAUCAACAUCUGCAAUGACCUCUCCCUUGACUUCAGAAUUUAGAGACGUAGAAAGGAACGAACAAGAUGUACCACGAUUACCAACUCUGCCGUAUAGCAUAGCGCCCAGCGAGGAGGGCUCAAGAAGAGAUUCUAUCGGUGGCUAUGGCACAGAUGAAGACACUUCAGUCUGCAAACCCUUCUUGAGAACCUUGAGUCCAAACUCUGACCUGAAAAGAAAUAAAGGAGCGGGAUACGAGAAGGUGGGAGAUUUGGGUGUUUGCACCAUGCAGAAGUUCUCGUUGUAUGAGACAGCUACCAGGUAUUAUGUUGUUGGAGCGGAUAUUCUCGACUCUCGAUUCCGAAUUUUGAAGAUCGAUCGUACGGCAGAGAUAGGGACUUUGAAUAUCACUGAAGAUGAGAUCGUUUACACGAAGAAGGAAAUGACCCAGUUACUUAAUGCUAUUGAUGAUGGCAACAAGAUUUCGGGAGGUAUGAAACUGAAGAGCGCUGUUUGGGGUAUACUUGGAUUUAUCCGAUUCACCGGUUGCUAUUAUAUGCAUAUGAUCACCAAGAGGAACCAAACUGCUAUGAUCGGUGGCCAUUUCGUAUACACUAUCGAGGCUACAGAGCUUAUACCACUGACUACCUCCACCAAUUCUAGGUUCAAGUCAUCAGAUACUCGUAAUACCGAGGAGUCUAGGUUUCUAAGUAUUUUAAACGGACUUGACUUGAACAAGUCUUUCUAUUUCAGUUAUUCCUAUGAUAUCACGAGGACUUUGCAACACAAUAUUAUGACAGAGCGAGCUGCUCUAGCUGCAGGAGAACCCUCUCCUCAUCCCAAAGAUUACAAUUCUAUCAAGACGUUCAAGGUACUUUGCUGGUGCUCGGGAUACGUUGCAAAUGAUGUCGAGACUGAGCAGAUUGUCUCGGAGAACACGACGACUUCAUUACAUGCUCCUGGGCCGAAGCUUUAUGCUAGUCCCAAUUACACUUCUUACGUGCAGCAUCGUGGAAGUAUCCCACUACACUGGACUCAGGAUAACAACGGUGUGACACCCAAACCCCCUAUUGAGCUGAAUCUGGUCGACCCGUUCUACAGUGCAGCUGCGCUACACUUUGAUAACCUGUUUGAAAGAUAUGGAGCUCCUGUCUUUGUAUUGAAUUUGGUGAAAUCUAAAGAAAGGACUCCCAGAGAGUCAAAGCUAUUAUACGAAUUCACAGAUGCAAUCAAUUAUUUAAACCAGUUUCUUCCGGCAGACAAGAAAAUUAUCCACAAACCAUGGGAUAUGAGUCGAGCUUCGAAGAGUCGAGACCAGGAUGUGAUUGGUACGCUUGAGAGUAUGGGUAAUGAAGUUGUCACUCGCACUGGGAUUUUCCACAAUGGAGAUGGUAAAACAACAAUACCAACGGUGCAAAACGGCGUUGCUAGGACGAAUUGUAUAGAUUGCUUGGACAGAACUAAUGCUGCUCAAUUCGUCAUCGGCAAAAGAGCUCUUGGUCAUCAACUCCAUGCGCUAGGCGUUAUCAGUGAACCUUCAAUCAACUAUGACACUGAUGCAAUCAAUCUCUUUACAACCAUGUAUCACGGACAUGGUGAUACUAUUGCAAUUCAAUAUGGAGGCUCACAGCUAGUCAACACUAUGGAAACUUACCGAAAGAUUAAUCAAUGGACCAGUCAAUCUCGAGAUAUGGUAGAAAGUUUCCGAAGAUACUAUAAUAACUCCUUUCUUGAUGGUCAAAGACAAGAGGCCUACAAUCUUUUCCUCGGUAAUUAUGUCUACGAACAUGGGCAGCCUAUGCUAUGGGAUUUAGCAACCGACUAUCAUCUCCACCACACCGAUCCGCGUGUUUGGUCCCCACGUACCCGCCGAAGUUAUAUAAACUGGUACACUCCCUCCUUUCUUGAAAAGAAAACUCUACCGCCAUAUUCCGAUCCACAAGGCACCCUGGCGAACAAACCUCUCACCUACUUUGAUGACUAUUGGAUCGAAUAUUAUAAACCACUCUCCAUCUCUUCUAUUGUUAAAAUCUUCACCUACCCAGGCAAAAUGUCCUCCUCCGCCCGCCUUAUGCCCCGCACCCAGCAUCGUGACGAGUCACGCAUCGGUUACGACCCCUCGCCAUUUAAAGUUCGCGCUGAUGCUACAGCCCAUGUAGAAGAACAGCCCAUUCAGCAUGUAUCACCGAGUACAAAAGGCAAGAAAAAAGAAGUCUCUUUUCCAGAAAGCAAGGAAGUAAUCGCUGAGGAUGAGGUGCCGGAUGAUUCAUCGAUUAAAUCUGGUGCUAUGGGUACGAAACGCAUCGGUCUUCAAAAAUGGCUUCAGCCAAUUCAUGAGUCCCAUCCUCUUUCUGACAAUGAAUCAUAUCACAAACCAACAUUGCAAAAUUAUCAUCAAAACCCGCCUGGUAUCAUGAAAGAGACAUCCUCUCAUUCGCAAUCACAUUCAACAGAAGACUCGUUUCAUAACUAUAGUUCUGGUUUGAAUAAUAGCUCUUCAAAUGUAAACUUGAGCAGGAAUAUAGGGGGAUUAGACAAGAAAAAGAUGACAACAUUAGAUAAAACUAAGGCUGCUCAAUGGACAUUCACUCAGGUCGUCAGCGAGUCCCUCAAUCCAAGCGUUAAUCUAGGCGAAGAAGAAGAUUACGAGCGCUACGUCGAGUAUCCGCAACUACUAUCACUAGUUGUAGGAGAUGACGAUCAUGACAUCGAAGGCGUAGAAGAAUAUGAGGAAUGGGUCAGAGGUGUAGGCUGGGAUAGUGGUUCUGGACAAGGAGGAUAUAACGGUAGAAUCAACGGAGGUUGGGGUAGGGAAGAAGAUCAUGAGGAGAUUGAGGAGUAUAGGAGCUUUUUGAGGGUAGCGGAAAAUCCAUUGACGGUGCUCGAAGAGGAUGGACAGAAGAAGAGGUAUAAGGCUUACAGGAAGUGGUUGGCCGGGAAGAGUUUGUUUAAACAACAGCCUAUUGAUUAA